AUGGUUGAAGCCCUCCGUCUUGACUUUGAUUACUCAGAGUUAGAAUCUCGUCACUGUUUUAGAUAUGAAGAAUUCGAGAAACUUCCUUAUUUAAGCAAAGUCACUGAUGAUUGGGGGGUUUGGAGUCAAAUCAAGGUGGCAAAAAGGUUGAAAGUUCUAAAACUCUCACGUUGCUAUGGCUUAACCAAAAUUCCUGACAUUUCCACAUUUGCAACUUUAGAGAGAUUGAUUCUUAACGGUUGUGUAAAUGUGGUGCAAAUUGACCCAAUGAUUGCGAAUCUAAUUAAUUUGAGAGUGCUUGACAUUUCAUAUUCUGGCAUAACAAGGUUACCUGAUGCUAUUGUAAAUUUAGAGAAGCUUGAAGAGAUAAAUGCCUCGUUAUGUGAAGAUUUGGAGGGGAAAAUUCCUAGUAAUAUUGGGAGACUAUCCUCUCUGAGGAUCUUGCGUUUAAAUUCUACCGAGAUUUGUAGCCUGCCAACAAGCAUUGCUGGGCUUUCUCGCCUUGAAACCCUUGAUGUGUCCAACUUAGCGCUUUCCUCGCUGCCGGAGCUUCCCCCGAGUUUAACAACUCUACGUGUCACAUGUGACGAAUUCCCAAGUCUUUCCAACUUGAUGAAUUUGAAGGCAUUAUUCGUGUAUGAGUGCUUGUAUCUGGUGGAAAUUCCUAGAGAUAUUGGGAAAUUAUCCAAAUUGGAGAGCUUGCACUUGUACAAUACCAACAUUAGCACCUUACCGAUAGAGAUUGGUGCCCUAUCUCGGCUCAAGAAAUUCACAGUACAAUCCUGCAAAAAUCUUCAUUGUAUCCCUGGGCUUCCCUCUAGUUUAUUCAAAAUAUGUAUUGAGGAUUGUAAAUCACUGGAAAGAUUGUCAAAUUUGUCAGAUAUGAAGAAUUUAUCAGAUUUAAAGCUUGUUCAAUGCUCUGAGCUGAUGGAGAUUCAAGGCCUGGGGAAAUUAGAUUUUUUGAUGAGGUUGGACAUAUGUAUGUGUAAAAAGCUAUCUAAGCUUGAUGGGCUUGAACAGUUGGAAUCUUUAAGAUACUUGAACGCAUCAUGGAGUGAAUCCCUAGAAAGAUUACCGGAUUUGUCAAACUUAAAGAAGUUACAAAGAUUAAUUACUGAGGGAUGCAAGAAGCUAAUCGAGAUUCAAGGCCUGGAUAGAUUGGAAUGCUUAGAAGUUUUGAAGAUGGGUCAUUGCAUAUCCAUUGAAAGAUUACCCAAUCUAUCGAACUUGGGAAGGCUAAAAUAUCUAGGUCUCUGUGAAUGCAAGAAGUUAGCUGUGGAUGAGGGCCUUUGGAUUUUGAAAUCCUUGGAGACAUUAGACAUGUCACAGUGCAUAUCGUUAGAAAGAUUACCUGAUUUAUCAAACUUGGGAAUGCUAAAAGGAUUAACUCUUUGUGAAUGCCAGAAGCUAGCUGAUGUUGAGGGCCUUAGGGUUUUGAAAUCCUUGGAGAGACUGGAUGUGUCAUGCUGCAUAUCACUGGAAAGGGUAUUGGAUCUAUCAAACCUAAAAAAUUUAAAGCAGUUAAAAAUUCGUGGCUGUAAGAAUUUAACUGAGAUCAGGGGAGUUGAGGCAAUGAAAUCCUUAGUAUUCUUGGACAUUUCUGGAUGCAACAUUGAAAAAACACCUGAUUUGUCAAGCCUUAAAAAAUUAGAGGUAUUAAUGGUUUUUUGGUGUGAAAAACUAACUGAGAUCCAGGGACUAGUGGAAUUGCAAACAUUAGAAUAUUUGGACAUUUCUGGAUGCAAGUUAAUUAAAAAUUUACCAGAUUUAUCAAUUACAAAGUUAUCUAUAGACACAGAUUCAUUGGAGGCAAAGAAGUGGACAGAACGUCUUUCCUAGCAAUGCUACCCGAUGUCAUGGUUAUGAUUGGAGUGGUCGAUGACAUGUCCCAAUAUAAUUAUCAUUGAUUAUAGCAACAUAUUGGGACAAGGGAAUUGAGUUGU